CCUGUUGUGCUGCUGAUCAUGUGACUGAUACCUGCGGCAGAUGCACCUGUUCCGGGGUGGAGUCUGAUGGUGAAGAUGAGGAGGAGGCUGAAGAGUCUGAAGAAAGCGUAUCGCAGUGAUCGUAUCCUCCUAGCCCAAGAAGAGACAUUUAACGCGAUUUAAGCCGGUAACAUGUCGUUUUGAGCGGAUUUUUCCAUUUGUGGUUUGUAUCAGUGCACGUUCAGGCGGGAGUUUCAGGUGUUUUCGUCAUCAUGACGCCGCGGGUGAUGGUCGUGUUGCUGUUGAGUUUCUUCAGCUCAGCAGUUCUCUCUAUUCAGGUGACACUCUCAGAUACUUCAAGAAGCACACUUCUUUUUACUACGGUCACGUUACGGUGUGACUACUCCACAUCAGCCCAGCAGCAGAAUGUCAUGGUCACCUGGAAAUUUAAGUCCUUCUGUAAAGAUCCUGUUCUGGACUAUUACUCCACAGCGUAUCAGGCCGCCCUUCAGAUGGGUCAAGACCCUGCAGACGAUUGUACGGACUCGCAGCGCACCGUCCGAACCGUAGCUCAGAAACUAGGAUCAAAUGAGGCUGUGCUGGGUGUGGAGUACCGGGAUCGUAAAAUCUACAUGCAGAACAAGGCAGAUCUGGUCAUCCAAGAGGUGAUGUGGUGGGAUAAUGGGAUGUAUGUCUGCUCUGUGGAAGCACCUGGAGACACAAUUGGAGAUUCAGACAAGGAGAUGAAACUUAUUGUGUACAACUGGCUGACGGUUCUCCUGAUCAUCUUAGGAGCUCUGAUGCUCAUCCUUCUGUUGUGCAUCUGCUGCUGUCAGUGUUGUCCACAGAAAUGUUGCUGUUACGUCCGCUGCCCGUGCUGCCCGCAAACCUGCUGCUGCCCUGAGAAAGCGGUAAUGCAGCACAGAUUGAUGAAAGAGGCUCAGAAAGCCAUGACUCCCUGGUUGAACGGCCAGCCGGUCUACGCACCGAUGAGCAACCACAGCUCCUCCUACCAGAUGAACCCGAUGCUUUACGCAGGAUCAGGGAAGGGCUCCAUGACACCGGUUCCUCUUCCCCAUCCACAAAUGGCACCCAUGCACGUUAACAUGCCACCCCCAAGCUUUCACGGCAAUGGCAGCGUUCACGGGACCAACCAGAUGCUGGACCAUCUGGAGAGUCAGAUGCGAGGUAUGAACGUCAACAGCCCGCUUCUGCAGCCGCAGCCCGCCAUCCCGCUGCAGAACAUGCCUCCCCAACACAUGCCGCCGCCACCCCAACACAUGCCGCAGCACGUGCCCUUUUCCGCCGGCCCUCCCAGCAUGCUCUCUGCCUUGGAUGACGGCCCAGCCUCGCACAGAUAUCCGUCCGGUACGCGUAGAGGACGCUCUAGCGGCUCGUAUACCUACAGCGCCUCGCGACGAGAGGACCGCCGCAAUCCUCGUCCAGGUAUCCCACGGAGCCACAGUCACGAAGACGUUCUGGACGCCAGAAGCCAAUCCGGAGCCUAUCGUCCUCGAUCGCGAUCCAGGGACAAUCUCUUUGACGACAACCGCAGAGGGCCGCCUAAGCGAGACGAUUCGUGGAGCUCGGCCAAUGACGAGGAUAGCCGACGUGGAGGGGCACGAGGAGGAGGGUGGUUGGAUCAUCCUCCGAGUUACAGUGAAUACGAACCAGGAAAGAAGCCGACAAAGCGCCCAGAACGCUUCUCCGACAAAAGCUCACGCAGUGGCACCAGCGUAGUCAUCUGAUGUCUUCCUGUAACUCAGCGCAUGGCCAACAACUGCACGUUCAUUGCAAACUUGUAUGUUGAUGUGUUAUAGUAUGUUGACUAAAGUUAGAGGAAAAUAAAUGUGUGUCGAACUGUUACAUAUGCCCCAUUUUACUCUUAGCUUUUUUCCAAGACGAUUUAAAAAUUGUUUUAUUGAAUGUGAAUGAAAAUCUUAAUGUAUUACAUUAGAGAAAAAUUACCUUGAAUUAUUUGUUGUUUUGUAAUAUAUUCAUUGUGAACGUUUUUGGGGUUUUAAAAAGAUUUUCCAUGUAAAUAAAAAUGUGUUUAGUUGUAAUAUUUAAUUUCAGUCUUUGAAUUUUGAUCUUGAGUGACACACAGAUUGCAAUAUAAGAGUUUUUUUUAUCUAAUGAUGAUGAUUAAAACAGUUGGUAGUGUAGCAGCCCUUCCUGUGAAUAAACCGGUUGUGUGAAUGUGGCUUUGGUGAUGUGUGUGUAGUUGUGUUGUCAAAGCUCAGAUUAAACUCUUUCUAGCCUCUUUGUAAA